AUGCAGAUCGAGCAGAGUGAGAGCUGGACUGAACCACCACAGCAGACAGAUGACUGGAAUGAAAACUCCAAUGAUGGAUUCCAGACAGCAGGUGGUCGUGGGGGUGGAAGAGGUGGACGAGGACGUGGAGGAGGUGGGGAGCGUGGUAGGGGAGGUCCCCGAGGUGGCCGAGGGGGCUACCAGAACGGCAGAGGAAACUAUAAUAACCAAAACAACCGAGGUGGUGGUGGUGGCUAUUACAACCGUAACAAUAAUGGAGAGGAACGCAACAACUUCUACCAGAAUGGUUACCAAGCUCGAGGUGAUGGCGAGCGAGGCUACAGAGACAACAGGGAAGGCGGACCCAGGCGUGGUGGACCCCGUGGCGGUGUUGGUGGCGGCGGCCAGGAUCGGAGACCCAGACCAGACCGUGGAGGUCCCAGAGGCGGUGGAGGCAGGGGAGGCAGCGGCAACCCUCGUGGCGGAAAUCGAGGAAACCGCCAAUAA